CCACUGGGUGGAGCAGAGGCUUAAAAGAGAAGCUGGAAUGUGGUUACUGGCAGUGUUUUCCUGCAGACUAGUGUGUCAUACUAUCCUAUCAAAGCAAACACUAGUCAAAGGAGAAGAAGCCAGAGAAGAGAACAUCUGCCACUUCUACAAUAAGAUCAUUAGCAUAUACCAUAAGAAUACACAAGCAGCUGUACGGUGUAAAUUGUGAACAUCUGGGAACAUGGAGGAAGAUGCAAUUCAAAUAGAGAAGAACAACGAAGAGUUUCAGAAGAGUGGUGAUCAUGAGAGCCAGGAGUUGGUGGUGCCCAGCCACAGCCCUGCAGAGUCGCCCAGCUCCAGCCCUACACCCCAGCAACUAGUGGCAGACUCCAUCAAAGACAGUAACCAAGUGAACGCCAUCACAGUCCUCACUCUGCUGGAUAAACUGGUGAACAUGCUGGAUUCAGUGCAAGAAAACCAGAACAAAAUGGAAAAGAGGCAGAUUGACAUAGAAAACUCUGUAAAGGGUAUUCAAAAUGAUAUCACCAAACUAUCAAAAAGUCACACAUCUACCAGCAACACUGUCAGUAAACUUCUGGAGAAAUCUCGCAAAGUCAGCACCAACAUGAGAGAAGUCAAGGAUCGUAUGGAUAAGCAAACGGUGCAGGUGAAGAAGCUGGAGACCAAUCACAAUCAGCUCUUGAGGAGGAACAAUUUCAAAGUCUUGAUCUUUCAGGAAGAAAAUGAAAUCCCUUCAAGCGUCUUUGUGAAAGAACCAACACCUGUUCCUAGUAUAACAGAAGGUCCAGAAGAAUCCAUUGACCCUAACAAGUCUCAGGAGGAGACCAUGCAUACAAUUGACCUUUCUUCAGAUGAUGAAAUUAAUCAUGAGGAUGAUGGCCAUGAUGACAGUUUGGAUGAAAAAUUAGAGCCAAGCAGAGCUGAGAAAAUGAAAAGAUCCAGUCUGAAGAAAGUAGACAGCCUGAAGAAAGCAUUUUCACGUCAAAAUAUUGAAAAGAAAAUGAAUAAGAUUAGCACUAAAAUUGUGUCACCAGAAAGAAGGGAAAAAAUUAAAAAGUCUUUUACUCCAUCGCAAAACAAAUCCUCAAAAGGGUCAUCAUUCAAAGUUCCAAUAGGUUUUAGCGUGAAGAAAGUCAAUGAAGAAGAAAUUCCUAUGCAGGCUGAGGUGACGUCCCCAAGUCAAUCUGAAGAAGAAAAAGCUGUGAAUGGUCAGGAUGUUAGCCCAGAGGAUCAGAAGCCUGCUGAGGUACCUACAAAUGAGGAAGUGAAACCAAUUGAAGUCUCAAUAGAUAAAGAGCCUGAAAAAGAAGAUGAAGAUGUGAGAAAAAACAUUGAGUUGUCCAUUGUUGAAGAUGAGGAAGAGCAUGAUUUAAACUUUGAAAAUGAGAAUCCAUUUAGCUCUGAGUACAAGCCAAAGCCCGGGGAAUUAGAAGACGAAUAUGAAACCCCUACACAGUCAACUGCUCUACAAAUAGACCAAACUGCAUAAAAGUUGCUUCAGAAUAAGCAGUCAACUGUUUAUAAAUGAUGUGUUACACAAAAAUAUGAUACAUAUACAUGGUAAUUUGCUAAUAUGAUGUUACUAUGUCAUAAUACUGUAGAUGAGUUCUGUGUGGAGCGAUAUGUUUAAGGAAGCUGUCUAUUAAUAUAUAGAAUAAGGAUCAGCUAAAAGUUAUUGCUUUUUAAAAACAUAAAAAGUUAUUCCUUUUAAACGGCAUUGGAAAUCUAGAUAAUAACACAAUUAUUAUGAUAAACUAUCCAACAAUCUAUGUCUGUCUAUUUAUCUAAUAUCUAUCUUUCUAGCUAUUCUAUGAACAUGAACCCCACACCAUUAGUUGUCGUUUAAAGGUUGUCAUUAUUUUGUUACUGAAUUAUUGUUAACAUGCGUCAGAGGGCUUUAAGGAUAAGGUCACACAUAAUGGAUUUGCAGUGUAUUUUAUGCUGCGGAUCUGCCGUUGACCUGACUUAUUUUGUGCCUACAGCUGUUGUUGAAACACCCCCCCUUCCCUCGCCAUGCCCCUGGCCUGCUUGCAGACACAAUCCGCCUCUACGAGCAGUCAAACAGGGGGCCUGUGAGUCUCCAAGUCCACUUUGACAUUGCGGAGCAGCCUGCGCAUGUUCAGUGCACUCAGACAUUGCGACUGCUCCGCGAUGUCUGAGUAGGCUCGGCGACUCGCAGGCCCGUGUGGCUGUCCAUAGCGGCUGAUUGCCGCUGCAAGCAUGCCGGGGCGCAGUGAGGCGGGGAUAGGGGGUGGCAACAGCUGGAGGCACAAAAUGGGUCAGGUCAUUAAAAAAAAAAUUGUGCGUGUGUGUGUGUAUAUAUAUAUAUAUAUAUAUAUAUAUAUAUAUAUAUAUAUAUAUAUAUAUAAAUAUAUAUCUUGGUGACCUAAUACUUUAUCUACAGAUUAAGAUUACUUAAAACCAGUCUCAAUUGCAUGCUGAUCUGACUUAUUUCAUUAGAAUAUAUGGGACCAAUCUUCUGGGAAAUAUGAUUUUUUCAUAAAGAUAACGGAAUUAAUUAAUGUGUCCUACCAUUACAAUUUAAUACUAACAUAGUCCUUAUGUGAAAUAUAAACUUAUACAUUGAAUUAAAUACAAAUACACAUUGUAUAUUGUAUAGCUCUUAUGGUCCAAGUUUUUCUAUAUACUGUAUUGUCGACUUCUUUUCUUAUUGAAUUCUAAGGCAAUUUAACCUUAAAGGGGCACUCCGGUGGAAAACUUUUUUUUUUUCCUUUAAAUGAACUGGUGCCAGAAAGUUAAACAGAUUUGUAAAUUACUUCUAUUAAAAAAAUCUUAAUCCUUUCAGUACUUUUUAGCAGUUGUAUGCUACAGUGGAAAAUCUUUAUUUUUUUAAUUUCUUUUUUGUGUUGUUCACAGUGCUCUCUGCUGACACCUGAUCUCUGUAUCAGGAACUGUUCAGAGCAGGAGAAAAUCCCCAUAGCAAACCUAUGCUGCUCUGGACAGUUGCUGACACAGACAGAGGUGUCAGCAGAGAGCACUGUGGACAACACAAAAAAGAAUUUCAAAAAGUAAAGAAUUUUCU